AUGGAGGCCGCCGUGAAGGAGGUGCUCUUCGAGACGCGACGUCACGCUUCGAGGCCUUACACCUCCAAUUAUCCUCCUCAGCAGCAGCUGAGAGGAAGUGGUGGAGGCAGUUUGCUAUCGUACCUUCCAUUUCGAGGAAUUACCCAACUGAGAGACAAGUGGAGUAAAAAUAGACAACCAAGAAGAUCAAGAAGAUUGGUAUCCUUGUUUGUCUCUGCAAUGGGUGAUUAUGUCGCUGUGGCUUCCGGGAACCAGAUAACGAUUUUGCCGAAAAAUAAUGAUUACAAGGAGCCAGUGGGAAUAUUUACGUGUGCUGGUGCUACCACUUUUACCUGCGGAACUUGGUCCGAAUCUCAUGAACUACUUGGAGUUGCUGAUGACAUUGAUACAAUAUAUAUUAUCAAACCAAAUGGUGAAGAGAUGACUAGAAUUACAAAGAGGCAUCUGAAUGCCUCUUCACCUUUUCUCGGUUUGAUUGUACAGGAUGAUGCUUUGAAGAAACAAUCUUACUUAUGUGCCUUCACUAUAUUUGUUUCAGAUGGUACUUUUCAUGAUAUUGAGAUCAGUAAGGAUCCAAGCGCCUCUAUUUUUCCUACACAAGCACUGAACAGUUCUCAAAGGCUAAGACAGUUUCCCCAGGAAAUUUGUUGCUGGGACUACCAUACGAAACUUUCUUUACUUGCCAUAGCUAGUAGUGUUGGAUCUUGUAGUAUUUCCAUUUGGCGAAAAUCAAACUUAGAAAUGGAGCCAUUGGCUUCUGUUAAGUUUGAGGGUUCAUAUUCCAUAGCAAAAGAAUAUCAUGGUCAACUGACAUCUCCAAAAGUGCUCUUCUCACUGCACGGCAAUUAUGUUGCUUCCCUGGAUUUUGAAGGGUGCUUAGUCAUUUUUCAGUUUGAUGAAGAAACGUGUUCACUCUCAAAACUCUCUGAUGGUAGGAGCUGCACAAAUGACAUAUCAAGCAGUGGAGCAGAAUUUCUACAUGACAUUGUGGAUUUCACUUGGUGGUCUGAUGACGUACUCACUGUGCUGAAGUCACAGUGGUUAUCUUCUGCACAAGGAGUUCAUGAGAUAAAUUCUAUAUUUCCCACCAUCAAGGACCUAGGUUUUGUGCUUUUUGAGUGUGUGGAUAAAGUAGGAGCAACAGAAGAUGCUGCAAGGGCUUUAAUUUCUUUUGGUCUUCGCUUAACGGAUUCUUACAGAUUUUCUGAGUUGGAAGAUAAUGAGAAUGAGCAAAUUUGGAAUUUUCGUUUGGCAAGACUUAAGUUACUACAGUUCAGAGAUAGGCUGGAGACAUUUGUUGGUGUAAACAUGGGCAGAUACUCUGUGCAGGAGUAUAUCAAAUUCCGUCAAUUGCCCAUAGGAAAAGCUGCUUUGGUUCUUGCAGAAAGUGGGAAGAUUGGUGCUUUGAACCUUCUAUUUAAGCGUCAUCCUUAUUCUUUGAUUCCUUCAAUGUUGGAAGUUUUAGCUGCUAUACCCGAGACUAUACCAGUUCAAUCCUAUGGACAGCUGCUUCCAGCAAUUUCUGCUCCUUCCAGUAUUGUUCUAAGGGAUGAGGAUUGGGUGGAAUGCGAAACAACAGUGAUUUUCCUCAAAAAUCUCCAUGGCGAUCAUGUGGGAAGUAUCCAAUAUAUGACUGAACCUGUAAUGAAGCACAUGGCGCUUCAAUGGCCAUCUGUUUUUGAACUUUCUACUUGGUACAAGAAUAGAGCUAGAGAAAUUGAUACCUUAAGCGGACAGCUGGACAACUGCAUGUGCUUGGUUGAUUUGGCCAUCCGUAAGGGAGUCUCCGAAUUACAGCAAUUCCAUGAGGAUAUUUUUCACUUGCAUCAGCUAAUAUACUCUGAUGAAACUGAAGAUGGCAUCAGCUUUUCUAUGAGCCUUGCUAACUGGGAACAACUACCAGAUUAUGAAAAAUUCAAGGUAAUGAUGGUGGGUGCCAAGGAGGAUAAUGUGAUUACUCGAUUACAUGAAAAGGCGAUUCCAUUCAUGCAAAGGAGAUUUAAUGCAUUGAAUUCCAAUGAUGCUACCAAUGGUUAUCCAACACAAGAUAAGACUGUUGACUCAUUCCUGGUCAGAUGGAUGAUAGAAGUUGCGACCCAGAAUAAACUGGACAUUUGCUCAAUAAUAAUCGAAGAAGGGUGCAGGGAUAUGGCUAAGACUUAUCUUUUCAAAGAUCAAGUGGAGCUUGUUGAUUGUGCUCUUCGAUGUAUAUACUUUUGCACUGAUGUAGAUAGCUGGAGCACUAUGUCUACCAUUUUGUCUAAGCUUCCACAGUUGCGAGACCUUGAAGAUGAGGAUAUAAAGGAUAGACUUAAACUUGCAGAGGGCCACGUUGAAGCGGGACGAUUGUUGGCAUAUUAUCAGGUUCCCAAGCCAAUAAGUUUCUUCCUGGAUGCACGCUCAGAUGAAAAGGGUGUCAAACAAAUUAUUCGUCUUUUACUUUCGAAAUUUAUUCGCUCGCAACCGGGUCGGUCUGACCAUGAUUGGGCAAGCCUGUGGCGUGAUUUGCAAUCCCUUCAAGGGAAGGCAUUCACAUUUUUGAAUUGGGAGUACAUGUUGAUUGAGUUCUGUAGGGGUUUGCUGACAGCUGGAAAGUUUGCAUUAGCAAGGAAUUACCUGAAAGGCACCAGUACUGUUAAUUUGGCAACAGAUAAGGCAGAAAAUCUUGUUAUUCAAGCUGCAAGGGAGUAUUUUUUCUCAGCACCAACUCUUGCUUGCUCUGAGAUCUGGAAGGCUAAGGAAUGUCUGAGUAUUUUCCCUAGCAGCAGAAACGUCAGGGCAGAGGCUGACAUCAUUGAUGCUGUUACAGUCAGACUUCCAAACCUUGGAGUCAACCUUCUCCCGAUGGCAUUCCGGCAAAUCAAGGAUCCCAUGGAAAUUAUUAAGUUGGCAGUUACUAGUCAAGGUGGAGCUUAUCUAAAUGUUGAUGAAAUUAUUGAGGUUGCUAAGCUUCUCGGAUUGAGCUCACAGGAAGAGCUAUCAACAGUUCAGGAAGCCAUUGCCAGAGAAGCAGCAUUCGCGGGAGAUGUACAACUGGCUUUUGAUCUGUGCCUCGUGCUUGCCAAAAAGGGGCACGGUUCUAUUUGGGACUUGUGUGCUGCUCUUGCCAGGAGCCAAGCUAUCGAGAGCAUGGACUUGAAAUCCCAAAAACUGCUUUUAGGUUUUGCUUUGAGCCAUUGUGAUGAAGAAUCAAUAGGUGAGAUCCUUCAAGAGUGGGAGGACGUUGAGAUGCAGGAGCAAUGUGAAACUAUGAUUGUAUUGACUGGAAGAGAGCCUCCUGAAUUCUCGGAACAGAGUUCAGUAAACUCUGGCGAGUUUUCUGAGAGAAUUAAUGUGAAAUUUGAUGACCACGAGUCACAGGUUGAAAUGGCAAAAAGUGUGCUCUCACAUGUUGCUAAAAAUUUAUCAUCUGAAAAUGAAUAUGAACGGGAAUCCAUUCUUAAGGAGAACAGGAAGGUGCUUUCAUUUGCUGCCUCACAGCUCCCAUGGUUGCUCGAAUUGAGUGAAAGCGAAGAAUUUGGGAAAAGGCUUCCUUCAGGUUCAGCACCUGCAAUCCAAUACGUCAGUAUAAGAACCCAAGCAGUGAUGAGUAUUUUGUCGUGGUUGACGAGGAGUGGUUUUGCCCCAACGGAUAAUAUGAUUGUCUCUCUUGCUAAAUCAAUUAUGGAACCACCUGUUUCAGAUGAGGAGGAUUUUAUAGGUUGUUCUGUUCUGCUAAAUCUUGUGGAUGCCUUUCAUGGUGCUGAAAUAAUUGAACAGCAGCUGAAAACAAGGGACAACUACCGUGAAUUUUCCAGUCUCAUGAAUGUGGGCAUGAUAUAUAGUUUGUUGCACAGUUAUGGCACUGAAUGUGAGGAUCCUGCUCAAAGGAGGGAGCUGUUGCUGAAUAAGCUUCAAGAGAAGCACAGACUACUCAGUUCAGACGAGUGCAGUAUUGUACACGAAGCACAAUCAACAUUCUGGAAUGAAUGGAAAGUGAAAUUAGAACAACAGAAGACUAUAGCAGAUAAAUCAAGGGUAUUGGAGAAAUUAAUACCUGGGGUGGAUACCUCUCGUUUCUUUUCUGGAGACAGAGAGUAUAUACAGAGUGUUGUCUUUUCUCUUAUCGAGUCUGUAAAAGUGGAGAAGAAGAGCAUUCUGAAGGACACCUUAGUUUUAGCUCAUACAUAUUGUCUGAAUCAUAGCAAGGUUAUUCUGUAUUACCUGAAUACCAUACUUGUUUCCGAGGUAUGGAGUGUUGAUGAUAUCAGAGAGGAAAUUGCAGAUUUUAAGGAAGAAAUACUUGCCUAUGCUGGUGAAGCCAUUAAAACCAUUUCUUUGUCUGUUUACCCCGCAAUCGAUGGUCGUGAUAAGCAAAGACUUGGAUUUGUAUAUAAUCUGCUUUCUGAUUGCUAUAUGCAUCUAGAAAAAUUGGGGAAAUUAGAAAAUGCUCUUUGGCUAGCACGUUUUUGCAAAAUCGUUGGUCAAGAAUGCAGCAGGGUUUCCUUCAUUGAGGGCCUCGACUUUAAAAACAUUGCCAGUUUACAAGAUCUUAAUUUGAAUAGCUUCAAUGAUGAAGUUUGUUCUCAAAUAGACGAGAGCAAUGUAGAGGCACUGGCAACAAUGGUUCAAAACCUUGUCCUCUUAUGCGGUGAUACAGUUCCUGAGGGUCUUGUAUCUUGGAAUCAUAUAUAUGCACAUUAUGUGUUGAGCUCUUUGGUCACUUUAGAAGAAAAGGCCGAAAGAGAGAAGGCCCAUUUUCAAAGCUCGGAAGAAAUUAACUCUUUUGUAGACGAGAUCGAGCAUACAUAUGAUAAAAGUUCAAAAUAUUUCAGAUUUAUCGAGCAUCCAGGCAUCUCAGACAUAGUGCUUCGCUUUUUCACUAUCAUCAUACCGAUUGAUAAAAAUUUGAAGAAUUUCCCUUGCGACUCAACUGGGAAGGAGUGCCUGGUCAAACUUAUAACCUUCUGGCUCAGGUUGAUGAAUGAUAUGAACGAGCUAAUUACGUGGGAUAUCUCAACCGAAAGGUUUUACUCUGAAUUUUCAGUGAAAUUCCUUGAUGUUUCUAGAGAUUUGCUCAUCCACGGGAUAAUAUCACCUAAACAGUGUUGGUGCACUGCUGUUAGCUAUGUGACAUAUGGCCUUCAAAAUAACUCUGCCAUUGAAACUUUCAACUUUUUCCGAGCCAUGAUCUUUAGCGGCUGCGGUUUUGAAGCUGUAGUUCGUGUCUUUUCCGAAAUCAUUCACCAGGUCCCACCUGAAACAUCAUUGUCAAUCACAGCAACUGCAGAGACUUCUGUCGAUAUCCAAGAUCUUCCAAACCUGUACCUGAGCAUACUGGACACCCUUUUGCAGGAACUAGCCCGAGGGUCCAACAAUUGCCAGAAUUUGCACUAUCUGCUAUCGUCCUUAAGUAAAACGGAGGGCAACCUAGAAGAUCUCAAGAAAGUAAGACUUUCUGUUUGGGAGAGAAUGUCUAGUUUUUACGAAAAUCUACAGCUGUCGAGCAAUACUCGCGUGUACGCGUUGGAGCUCAUGCAGUUAAUCUCUGGGCAAAAGAUAAAUUCGGACAUGUUCUCUCCCGAGGCCCCCGUGUGCCUUCUUCAGCCUUGGGAUGGCUGGGAUGAUUUACAGAGUAGAAACAUAAAAUCAGAGACCACAUCUAGUGACCUGACUUCAGAGGACACGUCUAGCAGGUUUAUGAGUACCCUCGCGGCCCUUAAAUCGUCGGGGCUAGUUUUGUCCAUUUCGCCUGGCCUGGAAAUUACGCAAGAAGACACUGAAUCGGUGGACUCCGCCGUUUCUUGCUUUCUAAGAAUUUCCGAAUUUGCCACCACUGCUUCGCAUGUUAAUGCUUUACGAUCCGUUUUGGCCGAGUGGGAAGGGCUUUUUAUGACAACCUGUGUGAAUAAAAACGACGCUGUUGAAGUAUCUGAUGAUGCCAACAGCUGGACCAAUGAUGACUGGGACGAGGGCUGGGAGAGCUUCCAGGAAGAAUCGGCCGAGAAAGCCUCAAGGGACGAAAAUGCCCUCUCGGUCCAUCCCUUGCAUAUUUGUUGGGCGACUGUAGUUAAAAAGCUGGCAGCGUGCUCGGGACAUACAGACAUAUUGAAGCUGCUCGACCAAAACGGCCCCAAAAAUUCCAGAGUAUUAUUGCUCGAUGAGGACGAUACACAUGGCAUUUGUCGAGCUUUACUGGAAUCUAACUGCUUUAUAGCUCUCAAGUUGUCGUUAAUGCUUCCUUAUGAAGCCAUACAGUUGCAGUGUUUGAAUGCGGUCGAGAGCAAGCUGGAGGAAAAAGGCAUGUCUGACGAAAUUGCCCUUGACUAUUUCUUUUUUAUUCUCGUUUUAUCAUCUGGAAUUUUACCCAAGAUCAUUGCCCAAAAUUCUUACGGCACCAUAUUUUAUUACAUUUGCUUCUUGGUCGGGAAUUUCUGCCGGCGGGCCCAGGAGGCACGGGUGUCGGCCAAUGAGAGCAAAGAAAGCCUCGAUUUCCUAUUCGUGGAAGUGUUGUUCCCCUGUUUCAUAGCGGAGCUUGUGAAAGCAGGCCAGCACAUUUUGGCCGGAUUUCUGGUGACAAAAUUCAUGCACACGAAUGCUUCGCUUAGCUUGAUCAAUGUUUCGGGGCCGAGUCUGAGGAAAUUCUUCGAAGGGCAAUUUCAGGAAUUCGAGGAGCGAGGGUCCCUGGAGGAGAAUGUAAGCUUCUGCGAACCGCUGUCGAGUACUGUUGCCGGUUUGAUGGGCAAUUUGGGUAAUUUGAUACAAUCGGCAAUGUCGUUUCUGGCAACUGAUGUUAGAUAA